AUGUGUUUUUUGCAGCUAUUUUUCUGCAUAUCGUUGCACCAGGAACAUGUGCCUAUCGAGCUGAAAACAAAUUUGGGAAAAAUUCGUGGGACAGAAUCAAUAUUUUUGCAUAGACGUGUUCGAUCAUUUCUAGGAGUGCCAUUCGCUGAACCACCAGUCGGUUCCAAUCGUUUUAAACCGCCUAAGCCAAUUGCAAAAUGGAGUCAUACAGUUGAUGCAGUCAAAUUACCUCCUGCUUGUUACCAGGGUAAAGACAGUUUUAAUGGCUCAACAACAUUUUGGGGAAUAGCGAUGUGGAAUGCAAAUACAGAAGUUAAGGAAGAUUGCCUCUAUAUGAAUAUAUGGGUUCCAGCAGAGGCAAACAAUUUAACAGUUAUGGUUUGGCUCUUCGGUGGUGGAUUUUAUUCUGGAAGCGCUUCACUACAAUUGUAUGACGGUAAAGCGUUAUCUCUUCUCACCAAUUCAGUGAUAAUUAAUAUAAAUUAUCGCGUUGGGCCUUUCGGAUACCUUUAUUUCAAUCAUGAAGAUGCUCCGGGAAAUAUUGGUAUGUUGGACCAGCAACUUGCUUUGCGAUGGAUUAAAGAAAAUAUUGAAUCCUUUGGAGGUAAUCCAACACAAAUAACAUUGUUCGGAGAAUCAGCUGGAGCUGCGUCAAUCGUUGCUCAUAUGAUCGCUCCAGGAAGUCGUGAUCUUUUUCGUAAUGGAAUUUUACAAUCAGGAAGUCUAGAUAAUAAAUGGUCUUUAGAAUCACCAAAACGUGCGCUUGAAAAAAGUCAUAAACUAGCCAAAAGUCUUAAUUGUUGGAAAGAUCAAUUGCAAGACACCAUCAACUGUUUACGUGAAUUGCCGCCAUCUAAAUUAAUUGGUAAUAUGUGGUCGAAUUUAGAAUUUCUUGAAUUUCCUUUCGUUAUCGUUUCAAAAGAUCGAAAUUUUUUUAAAAAUUAUGAUGCUUUAGUCGCUCUUCGAGAAGGAAAUUUCAAUAAAAAUAUUAAUAUAAUGAUUGGAAUUAAUCACGACGAAGGCAAUUUCUGGAAUAUUUUCAAUCUUGCUGAAUAUUUUAAUCGCAAAGAGCAACCACAUUUGAAUAGGGAAGAUUUCUUGAAAUGCGUUCAAACAGCUUUUCAUGCGCAUGCUAAUAUUGUUCAAAAUGCUGCCGCUUUUAUAUAUUUGGAUCAACAAUGCGAAUACGGCGAUAAUAAAGUAGAGUUUUUCGCCAACCAGGUAGAAAUUGAAAUUAUUCUAGUCAAAAUGGACUAA